AUGCCAGAUGUAAACCGAGUUCUGGCUCAUAUGGAAGAUUUUUGUAAUCAAAUUAUCAGUGGAUCUUGGACCGGUUACACAGGACACAAGAUCACCGAUGUUGUCAAUAUUGGAAUUGGUGGCUCUGAUCUCGUCCUGCUGAUGGUCAUGCUGGCUCUCCGACAUUAUCAAAUUGGGCCCAACGUUCACUUUGUGAGCAAUGUGGAUGGCACUCAUAUUGCUGAGGCGGGAGACAAGAGUGCUGUUGCCAAGCAUUUCGUAGCUCUUUCUACCAAUGUCCCCAAAGCCACGGAGUUUGGAAUUGACCCCUCAAACAUGUUUGAAUUCUGGGAUUGGGUAGGAGGAAGAUAUUCCCUGUGGUCGGCGAUUGGUCUCUCUAUUGCUGUUCACAUCGGAUUUGACAACUUCAGAAAACUUCUAGAAGGUGCACAUGCGGCGGAUCAACACUUUGUCAACGAGCCCCUCGAUCGCAAUGUACCAGUUAUCAUGGCAAUGUUAGGAGUCCUAUACAUCAACGUAUAUGGUGCGGAAACACAUGCGCUGCUACCGUAUGACCAAUAUCUUCAUCGGUUCGCCGCCUACUUCCAGCAAGGUGACAUGGAGAGUAACGGAAAAUUCGUCACUAGGCAAGGCCACCGAGUGGACUACUCUACUGGACCAAUUGUGUGGGGUGAACCCGGCACCUAA